ACCCGCCCGUUUUCUCUCCUCAGUGAGGACGACGUUUUCCAUCCUGAGCAGAGGAAGAAGAAAGAGCAGAAAGAGAAGAACCAGCUCACCGAGGUUUGUCUGGAGGAGAAGCGGCACCUUCGGCUGCUUUACCGGGAUAAAAAUACACAAAGCAGGCGGAGAUAAGAGCGGUGUUCACCGGGGAACCUUCACGGCUGAUCAGUGACUGAAGAGGAUGAUGCUCUCUUGAACCUCAGCGCUAACACCCGCCCGCCCCCUUCAUCCUCCUCACUGUCCUCGUCCACAACACUGCCUCCACCAUGAACCACACCCCCAGCCCUCACCUGUCCGAGGGUGGCAAGUCGGCCGGAGGCAGCCUGCUGUGCAGCCUGGGUCUGGUGUCAGACAGGGGGAUCCGCUCCCCGGACAGCCUCACCCACACCCCCAGCCCCACUGGAGGGACCCCCAGCUCCAGCCCCCCGCUGCUGCUGUCGCCCGGGCUGGGAGGCUUUGGGCUGGGAUCCCUGGGGGCCAUGGGCGAGGGAGCCGGGGCCGACUGGGAGAGCAGGGAGGAGCUGAGGCUCAGGGAGCUGGAAGAGGCUCGAGCCAGAGCAGCCCAGAUGGAGAAGACCAUGAGGUGGUGGUCUGACUGCACCGCCAACUGGAGAGAGAAGUGGAGCAAGGUUCGUGCAGAGCGCAACCGUGCACGUGAUGAGGUCCGUCAGCUGAGGCAGCGGCUGGAUACCCUCACCAAGGAGCUGACCAGCGUCCGGCGGGAGCGGCAGGAACUGGCCUCAGAGAAUGAGACGCUACGGCAGGAGACGCUGCGCCUCCGAGGCGACCCCUCUCCUGAGGCUCCUCCUCCAUCUGCCACUUCUCCAUCUUCCUCCCCUGCACACCCUCGCGGUGCCUCCUCCUCCUCCUCUCCAUCUAUACCUCCCUCCUCCCCUGCUUCCUCCUCCUCCUCUCAGGUCCACACUGACGGCAAGCUGGACAGGGUGGGAGAGGGACCACCGGGGUCUCCAGAGCCAGAGCCAGUGAGGGACGUGGACUUGGACAGACAGAAGAUGGCUCAACAAAAGGAAUUGGAGGCGCUGGAGUCGGCCCUGCGCUCCCGGUCUCUGGACGGUGACUCUCAGGAGGCCUGGGAAAGUCGAAGCAGUGUCAACGCGUCCACCUCACGCUCAUCCUCCGGUCUGAGCCGGCAGGAACGCAACAGGCAGCUGUGGGAGGACAUUAGCACGGUGGAGGAGGAUAACAGCAAACUCAACGCCCUGCAGCUUCGUCUGGACGAGUCCCAGAAAGUCCUGCUGAAAGAAAGAGAAGACAAGCUUGCACUGAGUAAGAGCAUCGAGAGGCUGGAGGCUGAACUCACUCAGUGGAAAUUUAAAUAUGAGGAGCUCAGCAAGACCAAACAGGAGGCCCUCAAACAGCUGAACCUGCUGAAGGAAAUGCAUCAGGAUGAACUCGGCCGCAUAUCUGAAGACUUGGAGGACGAACUGGGAGCCCGAACCAGUAUGGACAAGAAACUGGCUGAACUACGAGCUGAGAUGGAGAGGCUGCAGGUGGAGAAUGCUGCAGAGUGGGGGCGCAGGGAGCGCUUGGAAACGGAGAAACUGGCCCUGGAGAGGGACAACAAGAAACUGAGGGCUCAGGCUGAAGACCUGGAAGAGCAGCUGGCCAAGAAACGCCGGCAGGCCGCCUCCGCACUCGACACCGACCUCAAGGCCAUCCAGACGGAGCUGUUCGAGAGGAACAAGGAGCUCGCUGACCUUCGCCAUGUUCACGCUAAGCUGAAGAAGCAGUUCCAGGAGAAGACAGCAGAGCUCGCCCACGCCAACAGGAGGGUGGAGAGCCACGAGGCCGAAGUCAAAAAGCUACGCCUGAGGGUGGAGGAGCUUAAGAAGGAGUUAGGACAGGCAGAGGAUGAGCUGGAUGAGGCCCAUAACCAGAGCAGGAAGCUGCAGAGGUCUCUGGAUGAGCAGGUGGAGCAGACUGAGAAUCUGCAGGUACAAUUGGAACACUUACAAUCAAGACUGCGGCGGCAGCAGCAGAGUCCUGGUCUGUUUGGGAAGAUGCGAUCGGCUCGGUUCAGUCCUGAAAACCCAGACGGUCCAACCAGCGACAUGGACGAGGAAGAAGAGGAACUGCAGCUCCAGAUCCCAUGACAAAGACACAAACACACACACAUAUAGUGACACAUGAUAUACUUUGACACAGACACCCUCAGUCAAAUGAAGAAGAAGAAGAAAAGGUGAAUAGUGUUGCUCUUGGGGGGGAGGGGGGGGACUUUGUAUGUCCAGCAACAUGUUGCAUCAGGAAGCAGCUGCUGUUAAAGGACCACUCCAACAUUAUGAGAUAUUUUACCAGAGUCAGAUCAAAAAUACCACUUUUAUCUCGUUGUGUUGGGAUGCUGAUGUUAGACAGUCGAUGGUCGGCCAUGUUGAUCGAAAAUCGAAUCAUCAUUUAAAACAAAUGAACAAAAAUGAAGCUUUGUCAAACAAAGAGACUCAGAGAAACCACACAGUUGUCCGUCUGGAGUUCAAACAUGACAGAAGUGAUGUGACAAAAUUUCCACCCAGCAGCAGUAUGGUGAGCACACACCUAAACCUUACGCAGAACACACACACACACACACACACACACACUGUCAUACACAUAAAAACACACACAUGCUUGGACUUCUAAAGACAAACAGCAAGGAGAUCAAACCCAGCAGACGUGUGACAGACAUUAACAGGAUGUCCGGACAGUGUGACGCUGAAUGAAAGGAUCUUCCUAUAACUUCCACUAAACCACUCGAGCAGAGGCCGACACGCGUCAUCCUUUCAGUCCUUUCUCACCCAUUCUUACCUCAUAUCACCCCAAGCAUUACUCUUAUCCCAUCUGAACUGUGCUACUGUAUUAAAACAAGACUCAACCCCACAUUUACAUCACCAGUAUUAACGCCUUUCAUGUAUUGUAUUGAUCACAUAUCAUCUGUCAUUUAAAGAAAUUCUCCCAAAUAUUGAAGAUUCAGGAUCAGUUUCCCGUGUGUUUGAAGUUUAUAGCCAAUGCUGGGAGCACACUGCACCACGUUUAGCUUCAUUAUGGCUGCAAGUUGGACAGAAUUACAGCCGCUGUAUGUGUGGAGCAGGAGCCUCCAGCUUGGCCAAGUUUUUCUAUUCAUCAAUCCCCAAUCAGUCAAGUCAACUUUGUUUUUAGAGAUCAAUAUCACAAAUUUGCCCAAAGGGGCUCAAACUGAGAGAAAACUUGCUUCACUUUGCUCCAGAGUAUAUGUGGUUUAUGCUGCAACUGAGUUGCAUUAUGGGUCAUCAGGCUGCGUUCAGAUAACUGCUUAAAUUUGAUUAAGACCGGAAUCGGGCCCUUACCAUGCCUUUUAGGCUCAACUCGUCCAAAUCCACCUGGUACUGCCCAGUUUGAGACCUGAACCUGACCUGAGACAGAGGCUGUAUCCUCCUGAGACCCUGUUUCCUCAUAUGAGGACGUCACAUUUUGGGUUUACUUUACCUUAUUCUUUAUUCUACUUAACUCACACCUGUUGACCUCAUUCGUGGACUCUCCUUUGUGCCCUCUAGUGGCAGUAAGAGCACAAUACACUAAUCCAUGUGAAAACAAGAUGGCAGCCAUCUCUGCCGAGUCAGCUGAUCCCAAGACAGAAGUGGACAAGGUUCAAAACCUGAUCACAUGUUAUGGUUGAAACUUGUUUAUUCAUGAUCAGUUAUGUUUUCAGUUUGACACGGCAACAAAUUUGACCAAUUUUAGAAACAGUGACAAGAUAAGACACUGUUAAUUAGUAAGAACUCAUUUCAAGACAUUAGGACUUUAUUAUCGUCUUGUUUGAGGACAUUUGGACUUAAUCAUUAUUGACAGUGUUUAGUUUUUAUACUUAUCAGGUCCUACUGAUCCCAGAUAGCUGGGAGAAAUUAAAAUAGCAUACCAAACAAAAGUUCAGGUCUCAGGAGGACAUUUUUGUUAUUUCCUCUUUAAAGACAAAGUUAUAUUUUUGAUUUGGAAAAGCAUUUCACACACAUAAUGACUAACUAAUAUGAUAAUGACUCAGCACCAAACUUUGAGCCACAGGUUUAGUAUGAGUACACACUGAGUAGCUUGUAUGUGAUCUAAUGUCAGACUCUUGUCUGAAGGUGACGACAGAAAGUUUGCAGAGCCACUUAUGAAAAGUAUUGAGACUCUUGGUAUUGAGCUGCCAUCCCCUAAAGAGAUGGUUUGCAUUUUAAAACUAAAACAGGGUAACACAACAAAACAAAGAAUAUAAUUCUGUCACAUCCUGCAGUGUUUUUUGGGGGAAACGUGAACCAGAUGGAGAACGGAGUAAAAAGCCUGUAACUGUGUUGUGAGUGUGUCCUCAUGUAAAUGUAUUAGGCCUGAUCAUUUAAAGAUGUAGUGCAGUGGUACUCAACUUGCAGCCUGUGGACCCAAUAGAGUGCCAGGUGGCACCCCAGCCAAUUUCUAAUUCACAAUGAAAAUAAAUUGAUUCACACUGGGGUUUUUUGUACUUUAAUGUAGAUAAGGUGCCAUAGUGCAUAAAAAAGUGCCAGGAGAGGAUCCCCCAGACCCUUGACAGAGGUACAGGCUCAGCCCCAGGAUGUCCUCAAACCCUAGAAACACCCUGUUCACACCUGAAAGUGGCCCUCGUGCAAAGCAAGUUGAGUUUCCCCAAUGUAGUGUGUUCCCAGCAGGACUGGAGCUGCUCCUCGACAAUAAACAAAUAGUGCAGUGAAUGUGUACAUAAACAUGAGGAAGAGAUGACGGUAUGAGAAUGUACAGCGUCCUCGUAAAGCAAAGACAUUGUGGGAUGUAAUGGAUGGAAGUAGUAAAAUCUCUUUAUAGUGUCUGUGAGGGGGGUCUGAACCUGUGGAUGCUAACUGAAGGCCGGUCACAUCAGCAUUUUAUACAGCAACGUUUCUCAACAAAGUCUGUUUAUUCCUGUGAAAUCUGCACCAUUAGUGGAUUCUCUUUUGAGUGCAGUUUGAAAGGAUGAACUUCAGAUUUGCACUUUUGACCAAUAGCAAACCAUCUUGACAGUGGAACGGUUUGAUGAUAGCAGACCAGUGGGAUUCAAAUCAGAAUAUCAUUCCUUGAUGCAUUUGAGUUUUAGGGUUUAGGUUUGAAUUUUUGCUUUCAGUCUGUAUGGUCAUUAUAGUUAGAUUCGUCGUCUGAUACUGUUGAAUUAGAGCCUUCUUUUUCAUCAGUAUACAGAAUGUCAUCAUACACACAAGUGGAACCAAACGUUUCCCAACAGCAGAGGCUUGAAAUACAUUCAGAGGUCUGUUGUUCUGUUCUGAGUUUGUUGGCGCAGAUAUGAUUUUUAUGCAGUGUUUACACUGAGGUUCAGUAUUUUAAAUUUUCCUGGAGAAAAAAGUCCCACAAAUCCCAAGUAAUUAUGUCCAGUAAUUCACUCUGGACUGAAUUCAGUGGGGGUGGAAACGCCUCCAAAGCAGCAUUUAGACCGUCAUGGGAUAAUGAAACACUCACUGAAACCCAGGCUAGUAAAAUCCCCGUAGGCUCUACACUAAAUACUCACCGGCUCCUUUGAGACGGCCCAUGGAUUCAACAUUAGGCGGAUUUUGGAUACGCUGGGUGUUGGACUAUCUGCUGGACUAAAUUUCCUGACUGUGGAGGAGCUCCGGUCGAACAGUGGAUAGAUGCAGUUGUGAAAGCAAUAACACAUUCAUUUAUCUUCCACCAUCAUCCACAGUCGCUCUCUGCCUCGGCCUCAACUCUGGCGCUGGAAGGGGACCAAGAUAUUUUUACUGAUCAGGAUUCUGAACUAUUUAUGUUGUCGUUGUUACGGUUUAGUUUUUAUAAAUGAUCUGUACCGCAGUGGUUUUGUAUUAGCUCUAUAAAUGUCA